AUCAGAUCAAUAGUUUCAGACGGUACCACUCAACUUUUGUCAAAAUUCUUAUAUUUAAGUAAGCAAGUGUUCAAAAAAAGCAAAAAAAUAGAAAAAUCAAAAAAGGAAAAAAAAUUGAAAAAAAGUAAAAAUCUCUGUGUGAUCUGGGAACUUCUUCUUGACCUCUCUUGAACUCUAUUAGGACCAAAAACUGAUUUCGAAGACAUCGAGUUAAAAGAAUCCUAAAAAUGACUUACUGUAACUUAUGAGAAUGAAACCAGGGAGGAAUGUAAGGAGUAAUAUAGUUAAUGAUGGCGAUAGUAAUAUGCUGUAAAUGCUGCCGAAUUGUUAAUAAGCCGGAACUUCGCGUGGCACUUGGCCGUGCGUGGCACGUGUUUUGUUUCGCGUGCUACGUAUGCCGAAAAGUGAUAGACGAGUGCUCUGCGAUUCUCUAUAACGAAGAACUGUAUUGUAAAACGUGCCACGCACUGUUGUUUGAGGAUAAAGAUCCACAAAGUGCUUUAACCAGUGGACCAUUAAACAGCGAUAACUUGUCGAACGACGUACCGACCGGUACUACUUAUAGCCCAUCACUUGAUACCUACGGAAGGGCCAAACAACAAUACGACACAUACAACAUAUCAGACAAGACUUCUGGCGCUACAUCAAGCGGAUCACCCGAUCGAAACCAAAAUUUUGACAAGAGACGUCGCGGCAGUGAUUCGGUGAAUCACAGUGUUUCGGACUACAUGUUGGGGCAGCACACUACAGCGCAGCCGACCGUCUGCGUAAAAUGCUUUUCGGAUCUUUGCAGAUGCGGGAACAUGUUUGUCCGCAGCAGCAUAAAUGACGACAUUAGCUGCGACGCGAGCCGCAGGCCUGCUCCUCGCAAUAGAUUGUACUACGAUGAUUCAUGCGAACUUCGCCGACGUUGCUCGCGUUCAUGCUCGCCGCAUUCGCAUGAGACACAUCAUCAUAUGGCUGCGCAUUCUCUGGACGAACCCUCAUGUAGUUACAUACACAGUCCACCAAGGUCAUAUUGCACUCCGGUAAACAGCGAUUGUAGCGGGCAGCAUAGCAAGCAGCACAUGCACCAUCAUCACAAUACAAACAAUUAUACGUGCAGCUGUGGAUGCGAUCCUAAUCACUACGAGUGUGAAUUCAUGCCAUGCGAGCACAGCCACGACCAUCUCUGCGACCGCUCACACAGUUCAUACAGUACUUAUUCAACAACAUCAGACCAACAGACGUCAUACGAAAAGCUGGACCCGCUUCCUAGUUACGUGCCCUCUGGAAAAGUACAAAAGUCCACACAAGAUUGUAAAUGUAGCAGGCCUGUGGCAGUGUCUCCCCGACCUUCAGCCUGCCCAAGUACGCCGUGCCCACCAGGCACAUGCCCGCUGAUCCUCGGCUUCGGAGGGGGUGGAUCUAAAUGCCAUCGAUGCCAAAAACUGGUAUACCCGAGAGAACAACAACUGGCAGCAGGCAGUUUUUAUCAUUACUGCUGCUUUACGUGCUUUUGUUGCAGGGAGCCCUUAGAGCCGAGGAAUUUUAGUGAGGGACACGGCGAGGUCUACUGUCGGCACUGUUGGUCCGGUAUUUGUGAAAUCAAGAGACAUCGGUUACGGGCUGGCGGCAAUGUUGACUACGAUUUACCUCUUCUAUGUCCGGAUCAUGGCGGAGUUGUGGAUCACAGAAAUAAAUAAAAAAUUUCAAGUGGGAGAAUAAUAAAAUAUUAUUCUCCAGACAUGAGAUCCAUAGUAAAAUAGGAUCCCUGCGGCAUCUAUCACCUAAAAAAACUCACGGCUCUCCGGUCACAGGAGGUAGUUCUUUCGACCGAGUAUCUUCUUCUGAGUUUUCUAGAAUAUGCCAGCAAACUCCAUCGUCUAAUAAACCGAGCCAUUCAGGAAGAUCCAACUCUUCAUACUGUGCGAACCGCUGUGGGUCUCAUUGUAUCAGCAAACAUCAUCGUCGAUCUCCCUCAUGCACAAAUGAGGAUAGAAGUCGUUAUUCUGCACCCUUUCCGAUAGUUAAUUUCGGCACUCCCGAACGAAAACCAACAAUCCCGAAACUGUUCAAACCGGCAUCUUAUUUCUAAUAAGAGAAAACCAUUGAUAAAAAAUAUAUUAAAAAAAAACGAUGAUAUUCAUUCUUUGGCUUUUACAUGAAGUCAAAAGUAACAAUGUAGAAAACUGAAUCCAUUUUUAACGGAAACCACCCCAUAUAGACGAUUGUAUACUUUGUACAUGUAGUCAAAGGUAACAAUGAAGAGUACUGAUGGCAUUUUUAACGGAAACCACCCCAUAUUUAAGACGAUUCAUUGUAUGCUUCGAACUUGUCAUCAAAGGUAACAAUAUGGAAUAUUGAAAGCAUUUUUAGAGGAAACCGCAUAUUUAAAGUGAACCAUUGUAUGCUUUGAAUGUAUCGUCGAAGAUAACAAUUAGUAUAUUGAAUACAUUGUUAAAGAAAGUCGCAUAUUUAAGAAGACCUAUUGCAUGCUUCGAACUUGUCGUCAAAAGUAACAAUAUGGAAUAUUGAAAGCAUUUUUAGAGGAAACCACAUAUUUAAAAUGACCAUUGUAUGCUUCUUACUUCCAGUCGAUGGGAACUAUGGAAAAUGAAAAAAUAUACUUUAUUGGGGAUACAACAUGUAUAGGAUAAUGCAUUCUAAUGUUCUAAAGCACGCCGCAAAACGUAAUAGUUUACAUUCUUACAUCUUUCUUACUCUGGUUCAUGGCUAUCAUUCCGAAGAAAAAAAUCAUUUAGGAUUCAUCAAAAAAACGAAGAACAGGCAUAUUGCUUCGUUGAAAAGAUUAACCUAUUGACCCAUUGCGCCAUCGAAAUAAAAAUUGAGCAAACUAGUACUCGAAUGAGCCCGUAUUCGAAUAAAUGCAAUAAAGUACAUUAUAUGAAAUGGAAAUGAUAUGAGUGAUUGGAGAAGCUAAUAAACGCCCAUCGAAAACGUCUACCCACAAGGAUUUACCGCAAAAAUAAACAAAAUAUAAUAUAUUGUCGUUUUUUACUAUAUGAAUAUGAAUAUAAA